UCCGACACAACAAUACAACACCGUAUCGGUCUGCGUUCACGCUCCCACUCUCUUCCCCCCUCCCCAAAACCUCGCUCUCGGUAUGGCGGACGGCGAGAGGUCCCCGCUACUAUCAGAUCUGGGAGAUGGUGCUCUUGGCAGCGGUAACGGCGGGGUGUCUCCCGGUGCAGCGCCUUACGGUGUGCCCAACAAACCACAGAACUUCCCUCCAUUCCCUAGCCCAACUCAGCCUUCGGUGCUCCUAGGGGAGGAUCCUCCACCCUACUCCCCGCUCACCUCCCCAGAGAGUGGCAGCAGUGCCCCUGUUAUCAGCUGCAGGGUGUGUCAGAGCUUGAUCUCUGUGGAGGGCAAGAUCCACCAACAUGUGGUGAAGUGUGGGGUCUGCAAUGAAGCUACGCCCAUUAAGAACGCCCCAGCAGGGAAGAAGUACGUUCGUUGCCCCUGCAACUGUCUGCUCAUCUGCAAAGUCACUUCCCAGAGGAUCGCCUGUCCCCGGCCAUACUGUAAGAGGAUAAUUAAUCUGGGUCCUGUUCAUCCUGGUCCGGCAAGUCCUGACCCCCAGCCGGCCGGGGCCCGCGUCUCCUGUGGACACUGCAGCAACACCUUCCUGUGGACAGAGUUCACGGACCGGACGCUGGCCAGGUGCCCACACUGCAGGAAAGUCUCCUCCAUUGGUCAGAGGUAUCCCCGGAGGCGGAGCUUGUGGUGUUUUCUACUCUGCUUGCUAUUUAGCAUUUCCACCGCCGGGCUGAUGGCUGGAACGUGGGUGAAGGCUCAGACCUACCAGGGGAUCUACGCCUCGUGGGCCGUGCUGCUGCUCCUGGUUCUCGUCACCCUGGCUCGGGCUUUCUACUGGGCCUGCAUGAGGGUCAGCCAGCCCCUCCAGAACUUCACAUAGAGCCCCCUCCAAGUCUGCGGCACCCUCUUCUCAGCCUGCCAGGCAGGAGGAAAGAUGGCUUAAAAAAAAAAAAAACAAAACAAAAAAACCCACAAAAAACAGAAUAUUUAUUUCAAUCCAUCUCCAGAAAGAAAAACGUUCUC